AUGAGCGGCAAGGCCCGUGGGUUCCGAAUCGAGCCGUUCAAGCACAAGGUCGAGCUCGAGCCGGGGUACGGCGACAAGAUCUGGGCCGUCCUCAAAGAUGCGAUCCACGAGAUCAACCACCGCAACGCGUCCGGCUUAUCCUUCGAGGAGCUCUACCGGAACGCGUACAACAUGGUCCUGCACCGUCACGGACGCACGCUCUACGACGGCCUCGCGGAGACGAUCGCGGACCACCUCAAAGACGUCGCGUCGCAGAUCGACGCGACGCUCGGAGACGGCUUUCUCCCGGAGCUCCAGCGCCGCUGGCGCGAGCACGUCAAGUCCAUGUCCAUGAUUCGCGACAUCAUGAUGUACAUGGACCGGAUAUACGCGGUGCCGAACGGCCUCCAGCCCGUGCACGAGCUCGGGUUGGCGCUGUGGCGCGAUCACGUCGCGAGACGGCCGUCGAUAAAAAACCGCGUCCGCGCGACGCUCGUGAACAGCGUCAACCGCGAACGCCGCGGGGAGCAGAUCGAUCAGGGGUUAGUGCGAGCGACGUGCGGGAUGCUCAUGGACUUGGGAGAGGACGUGUACGUGAACGACUUUGAGGAGCCGUACGUGUCGUCGACGAAGGAUUUUUAUCGCGCCGAGUCGCAGACGUUUUUGUCGUCCAACGAUUGCCGGGAUUACCUGCUUCGAUCUGAGUCGCGGUUAGAGGAGGAGCAGCUCCGAGUGAAGGAGUACCUACAGAAGAGGACCGAGGGCGCGGCGGUGAGUUGCGUCGUGAACGAGCUGCUCGCCAAGCCGAUGCGCGCCGUGCUCUCUCUCGGGACGGGGGGCGUGGUGAGCUCUCUGAGGGACGAUAAACACGAGCAGCUCGCGCUGAUGCACAAGCUGUUCUCGCACGUGAAGGACGGCGUGAAGACGCUCAAGGAGAUGAUGGCGGAGCACGUCAAGGAGGAAGGGAAGGCGCUCGUGCUGGACCCGGAGAAGGGGAAAGAUCCGAACGCGUACGUGGAGGGUUUGCUGAAGUUGAAGGACAAGUACGACGGGGUCAUAAAACACGCGUUCGGGGGAUGCCGGUCGUUCGUGAACGCGCUGCACGGCGCGUUCGAGACGUUCAUAAACAUGAACAACCGGAGCCCGGAGUACAUAUCGCUGUACGUGGACGAUAAGCUCCGCAAGGGGCUGAAGGGCGCGAGCGAGGACGACGUCGAGGUCGUCCUCGACAAGGUCAUGAUUCUGUUCCGGUUCUUACAAGAGAAGGACGUGUUCGAGAAGUACUACAAGCAUCACCUCGCGAAGCGUCUGCUGGGGGGGAAGACCACGAGCGACGACGCGGAGCGGAGCUUCAUCGUGAAGCUCAAGACGGACUGCGGGUACCAAUUCACGUCGAAGAUUGAGGGGAUGUUCAACGACAUACGCAUAUCGCGGGACACGAUGGCGUCGUUCCGGACGCACGUAGAGGAGAAGGCGAAGGGCGGCGGCGGCGACGGCAGCGUGAGCGUGUCGACCACGGGAUUAUCCCCCAUGGACGCGCAGGAGAGUGGCGGGAGCGGCGGCGGCGGCGGCGGCGGCGGAGGAGGCGGCGGCGGCGCGGGCGGCGGCGGCGCGGGCGCGGGCGCGGGCGCGUGGACGCGGGGCGGCGGUCUCGCCGCGCACCUCGGCGGCGUCGACCUCGACGUGCAAGUCCUGACCACCGGGUCGUGGCCGAUGACGGGGAACACCGGGGCGACCACGUGCACGAUCCCAGCGCAGCUCCAGCCGGCGUGCGAGGCGUUCAAGAACUUUUACCUGGCCUCGCACAGCGGCCGGCGGCUGUAUUGGUUGACGUCCAUGGGCUCCGCGGAUCUGAGAGCGACGUUCGCGGACGGGGUGAAGCGCGAGCUCAGCGUCAGCACGUACGCGAUGUGCGUGCUGUUGCUCUUCAACGACCAGGACGAGAUCGGGUACAAGGACAUCGCGACCGCGACGGCGAUUCCCGCGGUCGACUUGAAGCGCACGCUGCAAUCGCUCGCGUGCGUGAAGGGGAGGAACGUGUUAAGGAAAGAGCCGAUGUCCAGGGACGUGAACGACGACGACGUGUUCGCGUUCAACGACAAGUUCACGAGCAAGCUGCUCAAGGUGAAGAUCGGAACCGUCAGCGCGCAGAAGGAGUCGGAGCCGGAGAAGAUGCAGACGCGGAGGCGGAUCGACGACGAUCGGAAGCCGCAGAUUGAGGCGGCGAUCGUGCGCAUCAUGAAAGCGCGGAGGCGGUUAGACCACAACAGCGUCGUUCAGGAGGUCACGAAGCAGCUCUCGUCGCGGUUUAUCCCAGACCUGGCGGAUAUUAAGAAGCAUCUGGAGAACCUGAUCGAGAGGGAGUUCAUCGAGAGGGAUCGGAACGACCGGCGGCUGUACAUUUACAUGGCGUGAUGAGUCUCGAGUUCCGGGCGCAGUCGAAUUAUAGAAAGAACGACGUGCGUUUCACCACCGUACGCAGUACGACGACGCGUUUGUAACGCGACACAUCACAAAGAAUC